AUGGCUGACAGCAGCUUACCACCCUCAUCUGCAGCAGGCCCGGACCCUGAGCCGGGAAUCACAGAGCAGCCGGGACCCCGGAGUCCCCCUCCAUCCCCUCCAGGCCUGGAGGAGCCAUUGGAUGGAACCAACCCCGAUGUCCCACAUCCAGACCUGGCACCUGUUGCCUUCUUCUGCCUGCGCCAGACCACGAGCCCACGGAACUGGUGCAUCAAGAUGGUAUGUAACCCGUGGUUCGAGUGUGUGAGCAUGUUGGUCAUCCUGCUGAACUGUGUGACCCUGGGCAUGUACCAGCCAUGCGACGAUAUGGAGUGCCUGUCAGACCGUUGCAAGAUCCUGCAGGUCUUUGACGACUUCAUCUUCAUCUUCUUCGCCAUGGAGAUGGUGCUUAAGAUGGUGGCCCUGGGCAUUUUUGGCAAGAAGUGCUAUCUCGGGGACACAUGGAACCGCCUGGAUUUCUUCAUUGUCAUGGCAGGGAUGGUCGAGUACUCUCUGGACCUACAGAACAUCAACCUGUCAGCCAUCCGUACUGUGCGAGUCCUGAGGCCUCUCAAAGCCAUCAACCGUGUUCCCAGCAUGCGGAUCCUGGUGAACCUGCUGCUCGACACGCUGCCCAUGCUGGGAAAUGUGCUCCUGCUCUGUUUCUUCGUCUUCUUCAUCUUCGGCAUCAUCGGCGUGCAGCUCUGGGCAGGCCUGCUGCGGAACCGCUGCUUCCUGGAGGAGAACUUCACCAUACAAGGGGAUGUGGCCCUGCCCCCUUAUUACCAACCAGAGGAGGAUGACGAGAUGCCCUUUAUCUGCUCCCUGUCGGGGGACAAUGGCAUCAUGGGCUGCCACGAGAUACCCCCACUCAAGGAGCAGGGCCGAGAAUGCUGUCUGUCCAAAGAUGAUGUGUACGACUUCGGGGCCGGACACCAAGACCUCAAUGCCAGCGGCCUCUGCGUCAACUGGAACCGCUACUACAACGUCUGCCGCACGGGCAACGCCAACCCUCACAAGGGCGCCAUCAACUUUGACAACAUUGGCUACGCCUGGAUUGUGAUCUUCCAGGUGAUCACUCUGGAAGGCUGGGUGGAGAUCAUGUACUAUGUGAUGGACGCACAUUCUUUCUACAACUUCAUCUACUUCAUCCUGCUCAUCAUAGUGGGCUCUUUCUUCAUGAUCAACCUGUGCCUCGUUGUCAUAGCAACCCAGUUCUCGGAGACCAAGCAACGAGAGCACCGGCUGAUGCUGGAGCAACGCCAGCGCUACCUGUCCUCCAGCACGGUGGCCAGUUAUGCCGAGCCCGGUGACUGCUAUGAGGAAAUCUUCCAAUAUGUCUGUCACAUCCUUCGCAAGGCCAAGCGCCGUGCCCUGGGCCUCUACCAGGCCCUGCAGAAGCGGCGCCAGGCCACAGGCCCGGGGACACCAGCCCCUGCCAAGCCCGGGCCCCAUGCCAAGGAGCCCAGCCACGGCAAGCUGUGCCCACGACACAGUCCCCUGGAUCCCACUCCCCACACACUGGUGCAGCCCAUCUCCGCUAUUCUGGCCUCUGACCCCAGCAGCUGCCCUCACUGCCAGCAUGAGGCAGGCAGGCGGCCCUCCGGCCUGGGCAGCGCUGAUUCAGGCCAGGAAGGCUCGGGUUCUGUCGGCUCCACAGAGGCCAAAGCCAAUGAGGAUGGACCCCAGAGCAGUGAGGAUGGGGUCUCCUCGGGCUUGGGGAAAGAGGAGGAACAGGAGGAUGGGGCAGCUCGACUGUGUGGGGAUGUGUGGCGAGAGACACGAGCCAAGCUUCGGGGCAUUGUGGACAGCAAGUACUUCAACAGAGGCAUCAUGAUGGCUAUUCUAGUCAACACAGUCAGCAUGGGCAUCGAGCACCAUGAACAGCCUGAGGAGCUGACCAAUGUCCUAGAGAUCUGCAACGUGGUCUUCACCAGCAUGUUUGCCCUGGAGAUGAUCCUGAAGCUGGCUGCCUUCGGGCUCUUCGACUACCUGCGAAACCCUUACAACAUCUUCGACAGCAUCAUUGUCAUCAUCAGCAUCUGGGAAAUCGUGGGGCAGGCUGAUGGCGGCCUGUCCGUGCUGCGCACCUUCCGGCUGCUGCGGGUGCUGAAGCUGGUGCGCUUCAUGCCGGCGCUGCGGCGCCAGCUCGUGGUGCUCAUGAAGACCAUGGACAACGUGGCCACCUUCUGCAUGCUGCUCAUGCUCUUCAUCUUCAUCUUCAGCAUCCUUGGGAUGCAUAUCUUUGGCUGCAAAUUCAGCCUCCGCACGGACACUGGAGACACAGUCCCUGACAGGAAGAACUUUGAUUCCUUACUGUGGGCCAUCGUUACAGUGUUCCAGAUCCUCACUCAGGAGGACUGGAACGUUGUUCUGUACAAUGGCAUGGCCUCCACCACCCCCUGGGCCUCCCUCUAUUUUGUUGCCCUCAUGACCUUUGGCAACUAUGUUCUCUUCAAUCUCCUGGUGGCUAUUCUGGUAGAGGGCUUCCAGGCUGAGGGUGAUGCUAAUCGCUCCUACUCUGAUGAGGACCAGAGCUCAUCCAACUUGGAGGAGUUUGACAAGCUCCCAGAGGGCCUGGACAACAGCAGAGAUCUCAAGCUCUGCCCAAUACCCAUGACACCCAAUGGACACCUGGACCCUAGCCUCCCUCUGGGUGGGCAUCUGGGUCCUACUGGGGCCAUGGGUACUGCCCCCCGCCUCUCACUGCAGCCAGACCCGGUACUGGUGGCCCUAGACUCCCGGAAAAGCAGUGUCAUGUCACUGGGCAGGAUGAGCUAUGAUCAGCGGUCCUUGUCCAGCUCCCGGAGCUCCUACUAUGGGCCCUGGGGCCGCAGCGGGACCUGGGCCAGCCGCCGCUCCAGCUGGAACAGCCUGAAACACAAGCCACCCUCAGCUGAGCAUGAGUCCCUGCUCUCCGGGGAACGUGGUGGUAGCUGUGUCAGGGCCUGUGAAGGCGCCCGGGAGGAGGCGCCACCUCGCGGCGCACCCCUGCAUGCCCCACACACCCACCACACGCACCAUGGACCCCACCUGGCGCACCGUCACCGCCACCACCGCAGGACUCUGUCCCUCGAUACCAGGGACUCUGUUGACCUGGUAGAGUUGGUGCCCGUGGUGGGUGCCCACUCGCGGGGAGCUUGGAGGGCGGCAGUCCAGGCCCCUGGUCAUGAGGACUGCAAUGGCAGAAUGCCCAACAUAGCCAAGGAUGUCUUCACCAAGAUGGACGACCGCCGUGACCGUGGGGAGGAUGAGGAGGAGAUCGACUACACCCUGUGUUUCCGCGUCCGCAAGAUGAUUGAUGUGUACAAGCCGGACUGGUGCGAAGUCCGCGAGGACUGGUCGGUCUACCUCUUCUCCCCCGAGAACAAGUUCCGGAUCCUGUGUCAGACCAUCAUUGCUCACAAGCUUUUUGACUACGUGGUCUUGGCCUUCAUCUUCCUCAACUGUAUCACCAUCGCUCUGGAGAGGCCCCAGAUUGAAGCUGGUAGCACUGAGCGCAUCUUCCUCACGGUGUCUAACUACAUCUUCACAGCCAUCUUCGUGGGCGAGAUGACACUGAAGGUGGUUUCUCUGGGCCUGUACUUCGGUGAGCAGGCGUACUUGCGUAGCAGCUGGAACGUACUGGAUGGUUUCCUGGUCUUUGUGUCCAUCAUCGAUAUCGUAGUAUCCGUGGCCUCUGCGGGGGGAGCCAAGAUUCUGGGAGUCCUCCGGGUCCUGCGGCUCCUGCGUACCUUACGUCCUUUGAGGGUCAUCAGCCGGGCCCCUGGGCUGAAGCUGGUGGUAGAGACGCUCAUCUCCUCCCUCAAGCCCAUCGGGAACAUCGUCCUCAUCUGCUGCGCCUUCUUCAUCAUCUUUGGCAUCCUGGGGGUGCAGCUUUUCAAAGGCAAGUUCUAUCACUGUUUGGGAGUGGACACCCGAAACAUCACCAACAGAUCUGACUGCGUGGCCGCCAACUACCGCUGGGUGCAUCACAAAUACAACUUUGAUAACCUGGGUCAGGCUUUGAUGUCCCUCUUUGUCUUGGCCUCCAAGGAUGGCUGGGUAAACAUCAUGUACAAUGGAUUGGAUGCUGUGGCCGUGGACCAGCAGCCGGUGACGAACCACAACCCCUGGAUGCUGCUCUACUUCAUCUCUUUCCUGCUCAUCGUCAGCUUCUUUGUGCUCAACAUGUUUGUGGGUGUGGUCGUGGAGAACUUUCACAAGUGCCGGCAGCACCAAGAGGCUGAGGAGGCGCGGAGGCGUGAGGAGAAACGGCUACGGCGCCUGGAAAAGAAGCGCCGUAAGGCUCAGAGGCUGCCCUACUAUGCCACCUACUGUCCCACAAGGCUGCUUAUCCACUCCAUGUGCACCAGCCACUACCUGGACAUCUUCAUCACCUUCAUCAUCUGCCUCAAUGUGGUCACCAUGUCCCUGGAGCACUACAACCAGCCUCCAUCCCUAGAGACAGCCCUCAAGUACUGCAACUACAUGUUCACCACUGUCUUUGUGCUGGAGGCUGUGCUGAAGCUGGUAGCAUUUGGCCUGAGGCGUUUCUUCAAGGACCGAUGGAACCAGCUGGAUCUGGCCAUUGUGCUGCUGUCUGUCAUGGGCAUUACACUGGAGGAGAUCGAGAUCAAUGCCGCCCUGCCCAUCAAUCCUACCAUCAUCCGUAUUAUGCGUGUCCUACGUAUCGCCCGGGUGUUGAAACUGUUGAAGAUGGCCACAGGAAUGCGAGCCCUGCUGGACACGGUGGUACAGGCUCUGCCUCAGGUGGGCAACCUGGGCCUCCUCUUCAUGCUGCUCUUCUUCAUCUACGCUGCUCUGGGAGUGGAGCUCUUCGGAAAGCUGGUCUGCAACGACGAGAACCCAUGUGAGGGUAUGAGCCGGCACGCUACCUUCGAGAACUUCGGCAUGGCCUUCCUCACACUCUUCCAGGUCUCCACAGGCGAUAACUGGAAUGGAAUUAUGAAGGACACUCUGCGCGACUGCACCCAUGACGAGCGCAGCUGCCUGAGCAGCCUGCAGUUUGUGUCGCCUCUGUACUUUGUGAGCUUUGUGCUCACUGCCCAGUUCGUGCUCAUCAACGUGGUGGUGGCUGUGCUGAUGAAACAUCUGGAUGACAGCAACAAGGAGGCCCAGGAGGAUGCAGAGAUGGAUGCUGAGAUCGAGCUGGAGAUGGCCCAUGGCCUAGGCCCCGGCCCCUGCCCCUGUCCCUGCCCCUGCCCCUGUCCUGGCCCGAGGAUGCCCACUAGUUCACCGGGGGCUCCGGGCCGAGGAUCAGGAGGGGCAGGUGUUGGAGGCGACACUGAGAGCCACCUGUGCCAGCACUGCUAUUCUCCAGCCCAGGAGACCCUGUGGCUGGACAGCGUCUCUUUAAUCAUCAAGGACUCCUUGGAGGGGGAGCUGACCAUCAUUGACAACCUGUCUGGCUCCAUCUUUCAUCACUACUCCUCACCUGCUGGCUGUGGCAAGUGUCACCAUGACAAGCAAGAGGUGCAGCUGGCUGAGACAGAGGCCUUCUCCCUGAACUCAGACAGGUCCUCGUCCAUCCUGCUGGGGGAUGACCUGAGUCUUGAGGACCCCACGGCCUGCCCGCAGGGCCGCAAGGAGAGCAAAGGUGAGCUGGAGCCUCCGGAACCUGUGCAGGCUGGAGACCCGGAUGAAUGCUUUUACCCCUUUGCCAGUGAGCCAGUGUCUGCAGGCCCAGAGAGCCUGCUGUGUGAGAUGGGGGCCAUUCCGUUCAACCCUGUCCAGUCCUGGCUCAAACACGAGAGCAGCCAAGCACCUCCGAGCCCUUUCUCCCCGGAUGGCUGCAGUCCUCUGCUGCAGAUGCCUGCUGAGUUCUUCCACCCUGCUGUGUCUGCCAGCCAGAAGGGGCAGGAACCGGGCAUGAGUGCGGGGACCCUGCCCAAGAUUGCACUUCAGGGGUCCUGGGCAUCCCUGAGGUCACCGAGUGUCAACUGCACCCUCUUGCGCCAGGCGACUGUGAGUGACACGUCAUUGGAUGCCAGCCCUAGCAGCUCAGCGGGCAGCCUGCAGACCACACUGGAGGACAGUCUGACCCUGAGUGACAGUCCCCGGCGUGCCCUGGGGCCACCGCUCCAGGUGCCAGGGCCACGGGCUAGCCUGUCACCGGCCACCCGGCGCCGCCUCAGCCUGCGGGGGCGUGGCCUGUUUAGUCUGCGUGGGCUGCGGGCCCAUCAGCGCAGCCACAGCAGCGGUGGCUCCACCAGCCCUGGCUGCACUCACCACGACUCCAUGGACCCCUCUGAUGAGGAGGGCCGCGGGGGCGCAGGUGGCGGGGGUGCGGGCAGUGAGCACUCCGAGACCCUCAGCAGCCUGUCGCUCACAUCUCUCUUCUGCCUACCACCCACUCUGCCACCACCCGGCCUCACCCCAGCCAGGAAGUUCAGCAGUACCAGCAGCCUGGCCGCUGGACCUGGCCGUCCUGGCACUACUGUCUCCGCCCGUGGCCUGGCCAGGAGUCCCUCAUGGGCUGCAGACCGCAGCAAGGACCCACCAGGCCAGGCUCAGCUGGCCUCAGGCUUGGGCUCCUCAGCACCCGAGCCUCGGCCACCUCCCGGGGAGUCAACUGAUGCUGCGAGCAAAAGGAAGAGAUGA